AUGGGAAUAGGCUAUCGGCCAUGCUCUACACAAUGGUUUAUCUUUGUUGGUGAUGGUUUUCGUUCUUCAUUAGGCCAGAUUUUGUCACGUCUUUUUCCAUUCAAAAGAGGAUUAACACACGCAAAUUGGGCACCAAACUUUUGGGCUUUGUAUAAUUUUGUUGAUGCUGGGCUGGCUAAAAUUAUUUUUUAUUUUUCUGGAAAAGAUUGUUCGGCUGGUAUGGCUGCAAUUUUACUUAAAAAGUGCCCGCCAACAUCUGAAUUUACAAAAGGAAUUGUUGGGGAAUAUUCUCAUUCAAUUUUGCCUGAUAUUUCUCCAUUAAUUUCAUUAAUUAUAAUUUUUGUGAUUUUAAUUGCUUCGUUUUGGCGUUUUAAAGAUAUUGAGGAAUAUUCCCAUACAGAUUUUUUAUUAAUUUCAAUGUUAUUGUCUGCCUACCCAUUUUUUCUUUUUGGAUGGCAUGUGCACGAAAAGGCUAUUUUAAUGUUAUUUUUUCCGUUGGCUAUACUUUCAAUUAAAGAUUCUCGUUUUAUGGAGCCAUUUUCCUUAAUGUUUUUAAUUUCAACAUUUGCUCAAUUUAAUUUAUUAUUUACCCCUCUAGAACAUUAUUUAAUUAAAAUUAGCUUUAUUUUUGGAAUUUUUGCUGUUGGAAUAUUUGUAUUUAAUUAUUUGUGGCAAAUUAGUCCAUCAGAAUUAAUUAGAUGUCCAGUUGCUUUUUUGUUGUUUAGAAUGGUUUUAUUGGCUGAAUUUUAUUCUUUAAUUGGUCAUAAAUUAUUAUUUUCCUCAACCGAAUAUGAUUUUCUUCCAAUUAUGGUUACAUCAGUAGUUUGUUCUUUAGCGGUUAUAUACUCUUAUGUUGGUAUUUUACUUGGUGUUUUUGGAAUUGAUUUUGGUAUAAAAAUUGCUAAGUUGAAAUUGUAUAGAAAAGAGGCAAAAAUUCUUUCUUUACCUGAGACGACAGAAUUUGACGAACGUUCAAUAAGAUACAUUGCAGGUAUUGAUCUUUCUGCUUCUACAAAUCACCCAUCAUUUGGGGUUGUUGGAUUGACUGUUUUGGCUUAUCCUAGUAUGAAGGUUGUUUAUUGUGCAGAUGAACCAGUUCUUUUAAGUGCUUUAGGAGGUGUAAUGCCUUAUUUACCCGAAUAUUUUGCUAUUAGAGAAGCAAAACCUUUACUUCGUGUAAUUCGUCGUCAUUUAAAAAAUUGUCCAAAAAUUGAUUUGAUUUUUGUUGAUGCAAAUGGGAAAUGGCAUUCUAGAGGUUGUGGUUUGGCUUGUCAUAUUGGUUACGAAUUGGGCAUUCCUACAAUUGGAGUUGCCAAAAAACUUAAUGAAGCUCCACUUUUGUAUUCUGGAUAUUGUACACGUGAGGAUUUGGCGGAAAUUAAUUCGGAAAUUUACGAAAAAUGUGAUGACUCUGAAGGAUCAGCAACAAUCUUCUACUUAAAUUGGAAUAAGAAAAAUGAAAAUAAUGAUCAAAUAAAAUUGCCAAGUUUGGCUGUUAUCCACACAAAAUCAUCAAAAAAGGCUUUUUAUGUUUCUGUUGGUUUUGGUAUAGAUUUUGUUUCUGCAUCAAAAAUUGCUUUUAAUUGUAUUGGAAAGAAUUCAUAUAAUGUAAAUCCUAUUAGAUUGGUCGGUCUAGGCUUCUCGUCCCUGCUCGACGAUAUGGGGGGUUUUUUCUAUUCCCCAACACAUCCCCCAUGUUCCGAAAUUUUCUCCACGGUGGAUAAAAGUUGCAGACUUUUUCUUGAUUAUUUUUAA